AUGAGUCAGAGCACCGUGGUGUUGGGCACAGAUGGAAUUGCAUCUGUUCUGCCUGGCAGCGUCACCGAGCAGGAGGACGAUGAAGGAGAUGAAAAUAAAGCCCGGGGCAACUGGUCUAGCAAGCUGGACUUCAUCCUCUCCAUGGUGGGUUAUGCAGUAGGGCUGGGCAAUGUCUGGAGGUUCCCGUACCUGGCCUUUAAGAAUGGGGGAGGUGCAUUUCUUAUUCCCUAUUUGACAAUGUUGGCUCUGGCUGGAAUUCCUAUCUUUCUCUUGGAAGUUUCUCUGGGACAAUUUGCGAGUCAGGGACCCGUGUCUGUUUGGAAAGCCAUCCCUGCCUUACAAGGUUGUGGCAUUGCGAUGCUGAUUAUCUCUGUCUUAAUAGCCAUAUAUUAUAAUAUUAUAUUGUGCUAUACACUUUUCUACCUUUUUGCAUCCUUUGUACCUGUGUUACCUUGGGCUUCCUGUAAUAAUCCAUGGAACACACAUGAUUGUAGAGAUAAAAACAAACUUUUGCUAGAUUCCUGCAUCAUUGGUGACCACCCCAAGCUGCAAAUAAAGAACUCUACUUUCUGUAUGAGUGCCUAUCCAAACUUGACAAUGGUUAAUUAUACCAGCCAUGUCAACAAAACUUUUGUCAGUGGCAGUGAAGAAUAUUUCAAGUACUUUGUGUUGAAGAUUUCUGCAGGAAUUGAAUAUCCUGGUGAAAUUAGGUGGCCUUUGGCACUGUCUCUCUUUCUAGCUUGGGCAAUUGUCUAUGCCUCCCUGGCUAAAGGAAUAAAAACAUCAGGAAAAGUGGUAUACUUUACUGCUACAUUCCCAUAUGUAGUGCUUAUCAUCUUACUUAUCAGAGGAGUAACCCUGCCAGGAGCUGGGGCUGGAAUCUGGUAUUUCAUCACACCUAAAUGGGAAAAACUAAUUGAUGCUAUGGUGUGGAAAGAUGCUGCUACUCAGAUAUUUUUCUCUUUAUCUGCUGCAUGGGGUGGUCUGAUUACUCUGUCUUCCUAUAACAAAUUCCAUAACAACCUAUACAGGGACACCUUGAUAGUAACUUGUACCAACAGUGCCACAAGUAUAUUUGCAGGCUUUGUCAUCUUUUCAGUGAUUGGAUUCAUGGCAAAUGAGCUCAAAGUGAAUAUUGAAGAUGUUGCAGACCAAG